AUGGAAGAUUGGCUUAUAUUCGUGAUUGGUUCAUCAAUCGCUACGCUUCUGAUUUACUAUAAACACUAUUAUUUCUUAAGCCCUAAAAAUGUAAGAACUAAUCAAAGAAUCCCCAAUUUUACAAAAGAAUAAAAAAGCUCGCAAUAGUUGUCUACUUCAUAUCCUAUUCCUCUUAAAAUUGAGAAUAAUAAUUUUUAAGAUUAAAAACCUAAGUUGGAUCGACAAUCACCUUAGAAAGUAAUUCAACCUAAAGCUUAACAAAAUAAUUAAGUGAAACCUCGAGUGUAAUCAUUAGACUUAAAAUAAAAUCAAUUGAGGAUCGGUCAGAAGGACUCUGUUGGAUACAAAGUCAAAUUUAAAGAUGAUUUUCAAGAGUCACGAAUAGAGCACAGGAAUCACAGGAAAGAGUAGAUCAAUAUUGACAAUGACCCUUAAUAUUUAUCAUCAGAUGAAUUUUCAAUGAAAAACUUUAGGCCUUCCUAGUCUUAAGAAAAAUAAAGACCAGAUUAAGCAACUUCUAUUCCAAAUUAGAGCCAAUUACAAAUUACUAAUAUUGCCAUUGUUUAAUAGAAAAUAUUCAAUUUAUACAAUAUUUCAUGCAGAGUAAGAAAUUAGGAUGCAAAAUUUUUGGGUCCUGCAAUCCUAUCCAAAAAUUAUGACGAUCUGUUCAUAGAUAAGGAUACAAAAUAAUAACUUAAUUUAUUUUUAAGAGGCUACAGAUAAGUUAGAGGGGAUGGUAAUUGUUACUUUACAGCAAUUGCAUUUUAAUAUUUCGAAAUAUUGCUUAAGAAAUUUGGUUAAUUGGAAUUUGAAGAAGUCAUGUCACAAAUUCUAAUUAUGCCAUUUUAGAUCUAAUAUGGGGAAUAUUUUAUAGAGGACCCAUAUUAGAGUAUGUGUGCUUAGAGACUAGUCUAGUUAUUAUAGGGUCUGAGAAAUAGGCCUUAUGAUUUAGAAUUUGUAAUGGCAGAUCCAAAUCAAGAGUUCUAUGGGCUUGCCAUUAUAUUUUUUAGGAAUUUGGCUUAAUUCCUCUAUAUUUAAUAUAAUAGCCAGAUAAUAAAUGAGUACAAGCCAGAUUUAAGCAAUGAAUUGCUGACAUGGGAAUUCUAAUGCAAUGAUUCAGAGAUGAUUAAUUCGUCAUUGGCAAAGUAUUUAAACAUGUAUACAAUUUGAUAUUAAUCUAGAAUAAUUAAUGUGUAUUUGAUCGAUUAAAGAAAGAGUGAAGUAACAUAAUUGAACUAUGGUCAAUCAAAGAAAAACUAAAUUCAUUUAAUAUAUAUUCCAGGCCAUUAUGAUAUUGGAAUACCUGUUUGAUUUUUUAUUUGAUAUUAUUUUGAUGUGACACCCUGAC